AUGUAUAGAAUCGCCAUUGCAGCCUCAGAUGAUAUUAUCAUGCAACACCGCCAGCUGUCUCGCUCACACGGUAGGGAAAAAACAGAUCACGAGGACACCGCCGCCAUGUUAGCUACCUUGCCAACGGCCCUGUGGUCCACAGGGGCAACAGACGUUGGUCACUGUCACUCAGUAACACCUAUUACAUUCACAUUUGACUGCCCCUUUCCAUACUACAUUGACCAUCACCAAUACCGACACAAACCAGAGGCAGAGGCAGGCGUGGCUGACACAAUAUCCGGUCUGUUAAAAGUAGGGGUUUUGGUUCCAUCUACCUCUCGGUGGAAUACACCCAUUCUCCCCGUCCCCAAACCAGGCACCGACAAAUACAGGAUGGCUCAUGACCUACGACGCAUCAAUCGAAUUGUUACCACCCCAACAGUCUCUGUUCCAAACCCCUACACCUGUAUGGCUGCGGUUGGCCCUCAACAUCAGUGGUUUUCAUGUAUUGAUUUGGCCAAUGCGUUCUUCUGUCUCCCCCUGGCGGAGCAUCUUCGCCACAUUUUCGCAUUUACAUUUCAAGGCCGUAAAUACGAGUACACUGUUCUCCCCCAGGGUUUCGUUUUAUCGCCGGGCGUGUUCAAUCAGGAGCUACGCAAAAUUUUGCAGGAUGUGCCACUACCGGACGGGGUACUUCAGUAUGUGGACGAUUUAUUAUUGGCGGCCACCACGCCCCUCAGAUGCCUGAACGCCACUCAGACUGUUCUGCGUCAUUUGUUUAAUUGCGGGUUCAAAGUCUCGAAGUCCAAACUCCAGUGUUGCCGUCGGUCCGUCACUUUCUUGGGACGUGUUAUAUCGGGGGAAGGAUCAGGAGUGUCCGCGGCGCAUCGUUCGGCGAUUCUUCAGCAUGACAAGCCCACGGUCAAGGACAUGCUGUCAUUUUUGGGGUUGACAGGUUUUAGUCGACAGUAUGUCCCCGGGUACGUCGACAGCACAGCCCCCUUACGCACCAUCAUUAAUGCACAAGGCAUGCGCAACCUAAACAAGGUCCUGACAUGGGACAUUCCGGCCGAGGAAGCUUUUAUCAAAUUGAAACAGGAUCUCGCCCGCGCGGCUGAACUGGCGCUUCCGGACUACACAUUGCCUUUUUAUUUGGAUGUUUCUGAAACCACCCUAUCGGCGAAUGGGGUGUUGUUUCAGAAAAAAGAGGGUGGCAGGAAAGUACUGCUAUACCUCAGCGUAAUGUUCGACAACACAGAGAAACGACAUCCAUUAUGCACAAAACAUGCGGCAGGAGUAGCAAAACUACUUCAAAAAUCGGCUCACAUAGUCAUGGGCCACCCAAUCACGGUACUGACGUCGCACGGAGUUAUGGCCUACAUCAAUUCAAACAUGUUCACAUUAACAACAAACAGACGCAUCAGGAUCGACAAUGUAUUAGGAGCACCAAAUGUAACAUACACACAUGAAGGGAUCAAUAUGGCAGAGGGAAUGACAGGGGGAGAAGGACAUGUAUGUGAACACAGGGUGCAAAAAGAGGUCAAGGUCCGACCGGAUCUAAGUGCAACACCAUUGGCAGAAGCAGAAGAGUUACUGUUCACAGAUGGGUGUUGUUACAGACAUCCGGAGGAAGGGUUAAAAGCUGCAUGGGCAGUAGUCAGACAGACAGGAGAAGGGUUUGAAGAAGUCGAAUCAGGACGGGUGGUAGGUAAGGAGUCAGCACAGCUGGCUGAACUAACAGCCAUGAUUAAGGCUCUCGAAGGAGCCGAGGGCAAAACUGUAAAUAUCUUCUCCGACUCAGCAUAUGUAGUGGGCGCACUCCAUGUGGAACUGAGUCAGUGGCUGCGGGCGGGGUUCUUGACAACCACGGGUACACCCAUUAGACAUGAAAAACAAAUGAGACAAUUGGCCAAAGCCGUCCUAAAACCAGCUCAAGUCGCAGUAAUGAAAUGUAAAGGACAUGACGGGUCUAAAACUAAGGUAGCCCUUGGGAAUGAAGCAGCAGACGAAGCGGCCAAGAAAGCUGCUGGUUAUCUCCCUAUGUAUAUAAUGGUUUCACAGGAGAUGAAACCGGAUUUGAUGACACAGGUAAUUGAGGCUCAAGAGGCCGCCUCCCCACAGGAAAAAGAGGUGUGGAGACAAAGAGGAGCACAAAAAGCCCCCUGUCCGGUGACAGGGGCGGUGGAAGGUCAGACCCUUCUAUGGAGGGGCCCGGACGGGCGCCCAGCUCUGCCGGCAGGUAUGCGACAGGGCAUAUUUAAACAGAGUCAUGGGUUAGAACACGCAGGAUAUAGAGAGAUGAUGGUGCGUCUUACACAUUGGUGGCACCCUCAUCUACCAGCUAUGGUGGCUAAAUAUGUGGCUGAAUGUCGGGUGUGUCAGGAGUAUAAUGUAAGACCAACUCUGAAACCACAUCAAGGAAUGUUUCCACUACCAAAAACCCCAGGUCAGGAAAUAGUCAUUGACUACACCGACAUGAUAAACUCAGUACGUGGUCAUCGCUACCUCCUCGUAGCGGUGGAUGGGUACACAGGAUGGCCUGAGGCUGUCCCCACAAAACAUGAGGAUGCAAAAUCUGUAUGUAAAUUUUUGACUAACACUUAUAUUCCGUUCCAUGGGUUCCCUAAACGAAUCAGGUCAGACAAUGGGUCACACUUCAAAAACAAACAUCUCCAAUUGGUAGAACAAAGUCUGGGGUUGGUGCACGCGUUUGGGGCAGUGUAUCAUCCCCAGUCACAGGGAAAGGUUGAACGCAUGAAUCGAAAUCUGAAAUGCAAGUUGGCCAAAAUCUGUGCAACAACUAACAUGAAUUGGGUAGAUGCUCUCCCUAUUGCCCUAGCAGCCAUCAGGAGUUCAGUGAACACCUCUACAGGAUUCACCCCAUAUGAACUUCUGACGGGGCGUCAGUUUCCGGGACCGGGAGCUGGGCUGGACCUACUGGAGGCGGAGGGUGAGUUGGCGCAUCAACCAUACUAUGAUCAGCUGUCUGCUCUGGUAUCAUCCUUCUCCAAACAGGUACAGGAGAAACGGGGGACAGCACAGGAUCCAGUCAAGGCCUUCACUGCUGACUGGGUGUGGGUGAAAGCCAUUAAGAGAAAGUGGACAGAACCUCGGUGGACAGGACCAUUCAAGGUCAUCGAGAGAACCUCGCACGCCCUAAGGGUGCUGGGGAAAGGGAGUACGUGGUACCACUGGAGCAUGUGUUCUGCUGCUCCAGAACCCAGUCGUACGUUGCAGGAGUUGGUGGAGAAGGGCCAGGAGGGCCAGUGAACUGUUUGCUAUUUGCUACGAAUGUGAGAGUCCGGAAAAGAGGGUUACGACGAGGUCAAGAGUAAUACUGCUUGAUCACACUAGAGUUGUACUGGACUAAGACAGU